CUCCUCUCCCGCCCUCCACAAGUUCACCCCCUAAUUCUCCGCCAUCCAAAAUGAACCGAAUCAAUUCCAACUCCAAAGUCAAAAUCGAAACCCCAUGGCCUCCAACUCCAGAUCCACUCUUCACCGGCGUCCAGUCAACCCCUCGACCACCCGUUGCGCCGCCGGCGGACGUCUCGUCCCCGACGUCGACCCGCCGCCGAAGCCUCCGGCGAUCCUUCAAGUCCUUUCUUUCGGCAUCAUCGUAUUCUUGGCUUGCCUCCAGUUCUUGCCGGCGACUCACAUUCGCGAUCCCAGGAAUCCCCUCCGCUAUUGGAUCCCUCUCGGUCCUAAUCGGACUGUGAAGUCCGAAAAUGUGGAAAUUGGGAGGAUACAUGUUGUUUCGUGGACGGAUUGUUUGGAUCUUCGCGCGAUAGCGGUUCUUGUCAACUCUACUCUUUCCAGCUCAAGAUCCCCAGAGAAUAUUCACUUCCAUUUCUUUAUACCUGAAGGUGAAGAUGAGGAAUUGUCCUAUUACAAGUUGAAAGUUCUACUGCCUCAUUCUAACAUGGAUAUCAUAGGGCAAAAAGAAGUUAAGGAGAAACUACAAAUUGCUCUACCUGAAUGGAACCUGCUAUGGUCCUCACUGGAGAUUAUACCUCUUGUAAUCCCAUUAAUUAAUCAUUCCUGGAGCAGAUAUUUAUACGUUUCCUCAGAUACUAUGAUCAAGGGAAAUGUUGAAGAACUAUAUGGUGUUCAUUUGGGCCUUUAUGCUAUUGCAGCUGCUACGGACUGCAGCAGAAUUUUGGGUAGUUAUGUAAACAUUGAUGUUGUCAAUGCCAUACAAAGAACAGCUGCCAAAAGCUGGGUAUCUGAUGAACCUUACGAUAAGAAUGCCUGCACACCGGAUUUCAGUUUGCUUUUAGUCCAUGCAGAGAAAUUGGAUAAAGAGUUGAUGAAAGCUAUCUCGUGGUGGAUUAAAGUUCUCAAUCUGAAAGAUGAGGGGAACAUUAAGAUUAAUGCAGCUGUUGCGUUGGCGCUUCACAGCAAAUAUCUGAAACUUCCUUCUCUUUGGAAGAUACAUGAUUCAGUUUCUUCAGGAUUUCAAAAUGAAACGAAUGUUCUCCGCUAUGAUGGGCCUGCAAGGGUCUGCUCAGAAGACAAGAGACAACACCAAGAAUUAGAUACUAGCAAUACAUGGCGGCAGUAUCUGAAUCCAAAAUCAGAUGGUGUCUUAGCCCGUUAAAAUUAUCAUUCAUUUAUCACUGCAUGCAAGUGUUACUUUGUCCCUUUUCAAACGAAAUUGUUGUGCUUGGAGCGGGAAGAUGAAGAUCCAUGGAGGGUGGGCUGCAGUCCUUUACCUUGUGAUUAUAAUCUGGCAAGUCUGUCUUCAGAGAGAAAACUAUGAACAUGUGACAAUUUGUGAUUAAAUUAGCAGUGUGUGUGUGUGCGCGUGUGUUGUGGUUGUGGUUG